AUGAACAUAAUUUGUGAUGAACCCUAUUUUAUUGAUAAUCACAAUGAGUUAUUUUGCCCAGUGAAUUGUCCUUUUAUAAGUUCUAAUGAUGUAUGGAAAUGUAUUGGUAUAUGUACAAGUAAGGAAAAGUGUUCUCUUUAUAAUUCCUCUUUAACAUUCGCAGAUGAAGAAACAAAUAAAUGUCUUCCAUGUUUAGUAUCUGGUUGUAUUCGUUGUAUUAAGAGUACCCUGAAAAAGGGUUCAAAAUCUUUUUUGAGUAUUUCAGAUAAUUUACCUAAUAUAUGUUUAGAGUGUAUUAAAGGUUAUAGAUUAUCAAGAGAUCGUACUAAAUGUAGUUUGAUUUAUGAAGAAUUUAUUACAAGAAGUUGUGGUUUUUUGGUUCUUAUUUUUUUCUUAUCAUUUAUAUUUUUGUUUAUAUAUUUUUAUAAGAAUAGAGAUAAAAUAAAUAUUUUAUUAUUUAAACUGGCUUACCAAUAUAGAACCUUAUCAAAAUUUAGAAAUAAUUUAAUUUAUGGACGUCCAUUAUAUCCAUUAAAUAUGAAAUUAUCGAAAAAUGAUAUAGGAGGUAUUGGUUUAAUGUUAUAUUUUCGUUAUUUAACUUUCUUAAAUUUUUUAUCUAUUCUUUUUAUUGUAGUUAGUUUAUUUGAUGUAUAUUUACCCUUUGAUGAAUUAAUACAAACUUAUAGAAAUGUGGAAUCUACAACAUCUUUAGAAAAAUGUAAAAAUUUAAAGAAUUAUAUAUCUCAUAAUAUAUCUCCAUUAAUUCAUAUGAAAAAUCUAGAUUGGAUGUCUCUAGACAUGUUUAAUAUGACUAUUCGUUUUAAACAUCAUAUGAUUUUUUCCUCAUUUGUUAGAUAUAUUUUAUGUAUGAUUAUUACCUUUAUAUUUAUAUAUAAUCAAAGAAAAUUUUAUAAUAUAAAAAAAAACACGUCUUACUGUAUGAUGGAUUAUGCUCUUUCGAUUGCUAAUUUUUCAAGUUCACUUUCCAGUCAUGAUAUACAGAAUUUUUUUGAAAAUUUAAUAAAGAAAAAAAUUAUAGGUAUAUCAUCAUGUUAUGAUUUUUAUAGACAGAAAGAUUUAGUAUUUAAUUUGAUAGAAGAACAAAUUGAAUGGGCAGAUUUUAAAAUGAAAUUAUAUCGAAAUUAUGAAGAAUGGAAAAAGGAGAAUAAGAAGAAAAUAGUCUCCAUUUAUGCAAAAACAAAUAAAAAUAUAAAUGUUAUAAGCCAAAAGGAAAUAUUAAAUGACAAUACAAUUUCUACAAAUCUAAUUAAUGGGAAUGAUAUUAAUUUAUAUGAAGGAAAUGAUAAUUAUCUUAUAGAAAAAUUACAACAUUUAAAAAGAUAUGAACUUUUCCCAUUUUAUGAAGUUGAUAUUCAUACUGAUGAUAUAAAUUUUGUAAAUACUAAUCACUCUAAUGAUUCUAAAAUGUUCAUACAAAAAUCUACAUUUAAUAGCAUCCAAACUAUUCAUAUGGAUAGUAAGAAUCCAUGGAAUAUAUACAACAAUAAUAAAAUGAAUAAUAAUAAUGAGAGUAUUAUUUUCUCUGAAAAGCUUUUAUAUGAUCAUCCAUUAAUAUUAAAUAAAGAAUGGAAUGAAGAAAUGAAGAAAUUGAAAUAUUCUCCAUAUUACAAGAAUGAUGAUACGAAUUAUAAUGAUAAGAAUUAUGAUCAUGAGUAUCAUGAUAAUAAGUAUUAUAAUGAUAAUAUUUAUAAUGAUAUGUAUUAUAAUGAUAAUAUUUAUAAUGAUAUGUAUUAUAAUAAUAAUAUUUAUAAUGAUAUGUAUUAUAAUAAUAAUAUUUAUAAUGAUAAUAUUUACAAUAAUAGCGGAAGAAAUUCUACGGCUGAUAAAAAUAUCAUAUUAAAUGAAAAAAAAAACAAUUUCCAUAUGGAAGAUUAUUUUUUUAAAGAUAUAUCCAACAAAUUAUUUGAUUUAUGCUCUAAAGAAUAUAAGAACAUAUCAAAAAAAAAAAAAAAUAUAUUAAAUGAUUAUAUAAGAAAAUCGAUAUUUUCUUAUUUUCAAACAAAAAUUGAUCAAGAUAAUCGUGUUAGAAAUGGAUAUAUCCCAUUUUGUAUGUGUAAUAAUACAGAAGGACUUUUUUUGAAAAGAGAUUUGUCUAAAGAUAUGAAAGUUGUGAGAAAUAUUAAAUGCUGUAACAAAGCUUAUGUCAUAUUUAAGACUACCAAAGAUUUAAAUUUGGCUUAUUCAAUAAUAAAUAAAUAUAUAGAAAAAAUCGAAAAGAAAAAAAAAAAAAUUAAGAAAAAAAACAAGACAAAAAAAGAAAAAAUGACAAAAGAGAAAAUGACAAAUGACAAAAUGACAAAUGACAAAAUGACAAAUGACAAAAUGACAAAUGACAAAAUGACAAAUGACAAAAUGACAAAUGACAAAAUAACAAAAGAGAAAAAGAUAAAAGAUAAAAUGAUAAACGUAUUAAAUAAAGGAAAAUAUAAAUUGUAUUCCUUCUUAUUUUCUCCCAUUUUGUUUUUAAAAAACCUAUUUAAUGAUGAAAAAAUACACAAUAAUAUUACCUAUAAAUUAUUAUCAAAUAAUAAUAGUAAUAAUAACAAUAUAUUAUGGAAUAAUAAAAUAAAUGACAAAAAAAUCUAUAACGAAAUAAAUAUAAAAUGGGAAAAUAAAAAACCUAAGGGAAGAAUACAAAAUAAUUUAUUUCUUUUUUUUCAAAACAAUCCAUUUCAAGUCAAUAAGUGUGAUGUGGAACCUAUUGAUAUCACAUGGCAAAAUAUUUCCAAUAAUACAUUUAUAAUACCUAUAAUGAUAAUAAAAAUAACAAUGUCGAUACUGAUACUUUUUUUUCUAAUCUUAUUAUGGAGUAUUAUAUUCUAUGGUCCUUAUGCAAUAUAUGCUUUACAUCAUGCAAGUAUUAUUGAGAAACAGAAAAAACAAGAAAUUUUAUUUAAUGUACUAAUAUCUCUAAUAUUAGGUAUAUUUAUAGGUUUUGGGAAUUUUUUAUUAACAUUUUUAACAACAUUAAUUGGUAAUUUUAUGAAAUUUGAUAAGAAACAAUCUACUGAUUCUUUUGUAUUUUGUGUUAAUAGUAUAUUCCAACUAUUAAACUUUUUAUUAAAUGUUCUUAUUACUCAUUUAACGAAUGCAGGUGGAGAUAAUAAAAUUAGAUCUUUUUUUCUUUUCUUUCCUAAUCAUCUAUUUGUUCACCUUAAAUCAAAAAAUAUUAUAUUAGGAGAAGAAUAUUCAUUUGGACGAUCUCUAAAUUAUAAUAUUAUUCCUUUUAUCACUUUGUUUCCUACGCUUUUUUCUUUUUUUGGAAUUUAUAUUUUACCAUUUCUAUAUAAAUCUAUGCUAAUAUUGUUUUGUUCAAAUACAACCAUAAAAAAAGCUGAAAAAUUAAUUCAGUGCCCUGAAUGUAAUUUGCAUUAUAGAUAUAGUGAAGCAGUUAUUAGCUUUACGGUAACUCUCUUGUUAUUCUUUUUCACACAUGAUAAAUACAAUACAUCAUUUACAUAUGUACUCCUAUUUUUAUCCUAUUUAUUCAUAAAAUAUAGAGACACAUAUUUGUUUCUUCGAGAAACCAAAAUUACAUAUUAUUAUAACACUUUUUUAUUUGAUACGGUAAUAGCUUUUUGGUCCCUCCCCACAGGCAUUUUAGCCAUAUUACCCUUCUAUUGGAUGUGGAGAUCACACAAAACGUCCAUAUUAACAAUUGUUUCAGUUUUUUUUGCUCAUAUAUUUAUUUAUUUUAUAAUUUGUAAUGCUAUAAGAAAAAAUCUAAAUGAAAAUAUAAGCAUGAAUGAUGUGUCAUAUCAUGAAGUAGCCCAGAUGAAAGCAUAUAAUUGGUUUAAUACAAAUCCCGUGUAUGUAUUAAAACAGUACUCAAAAAAGAGAGGAGUGCAACAUCCUACGAAUUCUUAUCAUAAGAAUGAAAAAAAUGAAAAGAAUGAAAAAGAUAUAAUGGAAUUCAAAAUGAAAAAAGACCCAACUACAAAAAAUGAUAAAUCGAAAAAAUAUAAUUUCCUCGAUUCUUAUAGAAGUAUUUUUUUUAAUCAAGAAAUCAAACCAAAAGAAAGAGAAACACAUGAUACGAUAAUCAAAAUGGAUGAUCUUCAAAAUUCGGGAGAUAUUCAAAACAUGUCUUAUCAUAUAUUAGAUACUUUCAACAGUAAGAACAAUUAUGAUAAAAACAAAGAUCAUUUUAAUCAAAGAGAACUAAAAAAAAAACAAGGAAGUAAUAAACAAAUCUCUAGGAAUAUUAAAUCAUCUGAUGAUUAUAAUAUAUACAUGCAAAAUAACAACAAUGAAAAUUAUUCCGACGAUAAUACAACAAAUAUUCCAUAUACAUAUAAAACAAAAAAUAAAAAUUCAAUAGAAUAUAAAAUAAAAAAUGAAUACUUAUCUGAUGAUUUUAUUAUCAGAAAUAGAAAAGGUAAUAAAAAUAUAUUUAACAAUAUAAAAAGUGAUUAUGGAAAUAAAUUUGUCAGAAUAAAAAGAAAAAAUAUAAAACAAAAUAAAAAAAAAAGGUUAAGAAAUAAAACAUCAAAAAUCAAUAGGCCCAGACAAAAAGAUUUAAUAUAUUACGUUAUUGGAAAAGAAUAUCUUCAAGGUGACAGAUUCGCAAAUUAUACAAAAGAUUAUAAUGAAUUGUAUGAUUUUAUUUAUAGAAUUUAUCUAUCUUUAUCAUCAACAGCAUAUAAAAUUAAAAUGUUUCCACUACUGGCAAAAAGGAAAUAG